AUGACGAUGCUGAGGCCUGCUAGUAUUUUGCGCCGCACGGCGGUGCAAGCGAUGAACGCGCGUAUCUGUAUGCCCCGUAUUGCUGUGGCGCGUGCCAUGUCGACUUCCCCGCUGCUUCAGCAGAAGCAGGACCAAGGUUUCAUUUCGUCGAUCUUGCACGGCGCCAACGAUGGCAAGGAGGAGACGAACGGCGGCGACGUCGAAUCGGGCAUGUGCAAGGAGAUCUACGAGAUCCAGCGUGUGAAUGUGAAGCCGGACCAGAUUGACGAGUACCGCCGCAUGGUCCUGGAUAUGCAUCCCAAGCUCGCCGAGCAUUACAAGGACAUUGUGGAGCCAGCUGGCAACUGGGAGGUUGUCGUCGGUGACAUUGGCUACUUUUACCACUUUUGGAAGUUUAAGGGCUACGCUGGCUACGACAAGCUCGAGCGCGAGGUCGCUACCGAGCCGCUUCUGCGCGAAUACCGCGACAAACUGCUGCCGCUCAUCAACGGCCGCCAGAACUGGCUGACUCAGGCCUUUACGUUCUGGACGCCAUCGCUGCCCCCCAAAGGCCCUGACAGUAUCUAUGAGCUGCGCACAUACAACCUGCAGCCCGGCCACCUGCUGGAGUGGGAGCGUGACUGGCGCCGCGGUCUCGAGGCGCGCCGUCCGUUUGUGGAGCCUGUCGGUGCAUGGUUCUCCCACGUCGGUGGCCUGCACACCGUCUUCCACAUCUGGGAGUACUCUUCGCUGGAGGAGCGUGAAAAGACGCGCGCUGCCGCGUGGCAAGUCGAGACGGUUCGCUUCAUUGACAACAUGCAUUCGCAAAUCAUGCGUCCGAUUACCUUCCGCCAGUAA